GUUUGGAGGAUAAAGUCAAACUGCGUGAUGUCUAUGCCUUGACCCUACGUCAAGGUCACAUGACCAAUCGCCGUAGUUCUGCGCGUGUUCCACAAAUGAAGUGUGUUGGUGGUUUUGCUUGGUGUUGGGUAUUUGUACCCAAGGUUGCUCUUUGUCAUAACAAAGGAUCUGAUGGAUAUCGUGUACAGUGGGAGUGCGAGGCUGACACGGGCGAUCGGUUUGGCGAGAUUGCUGUCAACUGUGAAGGAUAUGACUAUCCAGAGGAUCCUUACAUCUUGGAAGGAUCUUGCGGGUUGGAGUAUACUAUUGACCAUGUUGGUGGCAAUAGUGGGAAUGCUUACCACCAUAGUUCCAGUUAUCCGCAUAGCAACCAGCAUGGUAACUAUGGAUAUAAACAACAUCGCAAUAGGGUUUUUCCAUGCAGCAUAAGUACACUUAUCAUGUGGGGUAUUAUUGCCUUCAUUGUAUACUACAUCUACAGUACUUGCUCUGCCAAUCAACAUAUGACUGACAGUACCCAGGAUACAUCUCAGCCAAGUACAUAUGGGACAGCUCCACCUCCCUAUACUCCUCCUCCACCAGGGUUCAGACCAGAAUAUACGCAAGGUAAGGGUGGUAUGAGGGGGAAGCAGAUCAACCUUAUAAUAAUCUAAUCCUAACCCUUGAUU